CCAGAAGCCAUCUUCGCUAGAUGCCACUUCCACGAGAUUGUUACACUCAAAGACACUUAUAGAGAGCCGCAUCUGUUUCGGUCUCCGUCUCCGAGUAGUGAUUACUUGAAAAGAGCCAAUUAUAAAUUGCUUUAUACUCAAGUAUCAAUAAUGAUGGACGGCAAAACGUGGAUACAAUCAACGUAUGCAUUCUCACCAGAUGGACAGCAAAUGGUGAACAUAUGGACAUCAAAGCAUGGACACAACCAAAGACAUCAACCGGUACAUAUGGAUUAGUUUGCCUUGUCAACAUGCAAUUGCACAUUUUUGAUCAAACAUCACGAACUCCUCUUUCACAAUUGCACUUUUUUUUAUCAAACAUCACAAACUUUUACAGUCAUUUACAAGAUUACAUCGAUUUAGUCACCUACACAAAGAAC